AUGGUGGGCAUGCCCCUCCCCAACAUCAGGUCUCCAGAACUGCAGGAGAAGAUGGCCCACUUGGAUCAGACCCUCGUGAGUGACCCCAGUGUCACAGUGGAGCCUUCUUGUGUCAAGAUCGUAUUUCUCACUACUCUCUGUCUGCCCAGUUUCACCGGGAGAAGGCAGCUUCUUCCUGACAGGCAGCCAUACCAUUGCCUGGUGCUGCACCCUUCCUUUGCCCUGCCCACUGGAGACGGUGUUUGUCAUGGUCUGCAGGGAUCCUGCUACAAAGGAGAAAGGGUGGAGUCGAGAGCGCUGCCAGGACCCAGGCACAGGCACUAG